CUUAAACAACCUUAUUUUUUACCACCAAAUUCGAUGGCUGUAAAUUCUUCACAGUACAAAAAAUUGCCUUCUUCUUUAACUAAUCAAUCCCGAGGAAUUUACCUGCCUUUAGCCACUAUUCCAAUAGUUUUUUGGAUUGGCGCUAGAUAGAUCCAUAAAAAGGCAUAAAGUUCUCCGUGUAACCGAAAAUUAACAAUGGAGAACGAAACUGUGGACCGUGCACCGUCACCGGCAUUUGAGGACGAUACGCACUCGGUCCAAGGUGAAGAUGAAAAAUUAGACGCAUUCGGUGACAUUGACACGAAUGCACGAGGAAACUCUCAUCACGUUAACGACCAUGGAGAGGACUUGGUCGAUGAUGAUGACCUUUUGGACGAUGAUGAAGACGAGGAUGAAGAUGAUGAGGACGAAGAUGAAGAAGGUGGAAGCCGACGGAAGCGUCCUCGUCGGGAAAAAAGAAACCAGUUCCUCGAUAUUGAAGCCGAAGUCGAUGAGGAUGAGGAAGAUAUUGAAGAGGAUGAGGACGAAAUUGGUCGUGAAGAUGGCUUUAUUGAAGAAGAAGCUGGUGCCGAUUAUGUUACUGAUGAUCGCCGUCAUCGUGAACUUGAUCGGCAACGGCAAGAAUUUCAAAGUGUCGAUGCUGAGCGUCUUGCUGAGGAAUAUCGUCACAAAUAUGGUCGAAGUCAAACGUUCCGAGGUGAUACAAGCAAUAUCCCCCAGCGUUUGCUUUUGCCUUCAGUCAACGAUCCUAACAUUUGGGCCGUUCGUUGUAAAAUCGGAAAAGAAAAGGAUAUUGUCUUCUCGCUUAUGCGUAAAGCAAUGGACUUACAAUACUCUGGAAGACCGUUGGACAUCAUUUCGGCCUUUCAACGGGAUUCCUUAAUUGGCUAUAUCUACAUUGAAGCUAGAAAACAAGCACAUGUCUUGGCAGCAUUACAGGGCGUGGUCAACGUAUAUCCUCAGAACAUGAUUCUUGUUCCUAUCAAAGAGAUGCCAGAUCUUCUCAAGGUUCAGAAAAAGACAGUUGAACUUCUUCCCGGCGCCUAUGUUCGUAUCCGUCGCGGUAAGUAUGCAGGCGAUUUGGCACAAGUAGACAACUUGUCUGAAAACGGUCUGAAUGCUCGAAUCCGUUUAGUUCCUCGUUUGGACUACGUCGAUGCUAAACGCAGACAUCCUACUUCUCGUCCUCAACCCCGUCUGUUCAAUGAAAGUGAAGCCUUGAAAAAUAAUCCCACAAAACUUUCACGUCGUGGUCCUCGCCAGUUUAUGUACAAUAGUGAAGAGUAUGAGGAUGGUUUUCUGGUGAAAGAUGUUCGUAUCGCUUCUCUCAUUACGGAAGGUGUGAAUCCUACUCUAGAAGAAGUUUCUCGUUUUCAUCAAGAGGAUGAAGAAAUGGAUCUAACUUCUCUUGCACAAAGUAUAAAAGGUGGUCAUGCUGACUUUCAACCUGGUGAUCAUGUUGAAGUUUACAUUGGUGAACAAGCCGGUGUUAGCGGAGUCGUUGAAAAUGUGCAUGGUAGCAUCGUCACAUUACGGUCUCCUGAUGGACUAAAACUGGAUGUUCCUUCUCGAGGACUUCGUAAGAAGUUUAAACAUGGUGAUCAUGUUAAAGUUAUAUCUGGAAAGUAUAAGGACGAUACCGGUAUGGUUGUUCGGAUCAAUAAGGACGAAGUUACAUUUUUCAGUGACACGACACUUUCCGAACUCACAGUGUUCUUUCGAGAUUUGGGUGAAGCGAGCACGGCACAAUCAAUCAAUUCCGCUUACGAUUUACAUGACCUUGUUCAACUGGAUGUGAACACCGUCGCUUGUAUAUUUUCUGUGGAUCGCGAUGUUUACAAAGUGAUUGAUCAAAAUGGUGGUGUACGUACCAUUACGGCUUCACAAAUUAGUAUGAAGCAUGACCAUCGUCGUGGUGUCGCUACCGAUAGAAAUGGUUCUGAAAUUCGUAUUGGUGAUAAAGUUAAAGAAGUGAACGGCGAGGGAAAGCAGGGUACUAUUCUUCAUAUCUAUCGUGCCUUUGUCUUUCUUCACAAUCGUGAUAACCCCGAGAACAACGGUGUUUUUGUGGCACGCAGUCGUAAUGUCGCUACUGUUGCUGCUAAAGGCGCUCGUAUUUCUACUGAUCUGACAAAACUUAAUCCCGCCAUCAGCAAUGGCAUGCCUCGUCCUCCUGCCGCUAAUUUGUCGCGUACUAUUGGUCGUGACAAAGCUGUUGGUGCCACGGUGCGUAUCAGAAGAGGACCUAUGAAGGGUUUGAUGGGUAUCAUUAAAGAUACUACUGAUCUUAAUGCUCGUGUUGAACUUCACACUGGUAAUAAAACGGUUACCGUUCCAAAAGAUAGUCUCAUGUAUACAACAAAGACUGGCCAACUCAUUUCAUACCAGGAAUUCGUUGAACGCAACCGGGGUAUUCGCUCUGGGGGACCUGGCGGAGGUUAUCCUGGGGGCAACAUGCCAGUAUGGGCACAAGGUGCAAGAACGCCCAUGGCGCAAGCAGGUGGUUCCCGAACUCCUGCCUGGAACUCUGGCAGCAAGACUCCCGCCUGGUCCAUGGGUAGUAAAACACCAGCCUGGAACGCUGGAAGUAAAACGCCUGCCUGGAAUUCCGGUAGCAAAACGCCUGCUUGGAACGCUGGAAGCAAAACGCCCGCCUGGAACGCCGGCAGUAAGACUCCUGCUUGGAAUUCAGGUGGUUCAAAUGCAUGGUCCACUGAUUCCUCCCGUACUCCAGCAUGGAAUGCUGAUAGUUCCAAAACACCUGCUUGGAACGCUGACAGUUCUAAAACUCCUACGUGGGGUAAUGACAGUUCCAAAACACCAGCAUGGGGUAAUGACGGCGGUAAGACGCCAGCUUGGGGUGCUGAUGGCGGUAAAACGCCCUCUUACGGUGGUUUCUCGGCCGCACCUUGGGACAAUAAUGACGACGAUGAUGCUAGUAAGCCUUCAGCUGAUGCUAAAGGCUCCGCGUGGACAGCGCCAACGCCAGGAGGUUGGAACGAUGAUGAUGAUGGAGAUGACUCUCCUAAGUACGUGCCUCCAUCUCCUUAAAAACAUGCAUGUGCAUCCCGUUGGUACAAAUACAUUGCUUAUACAAUGUGCGCACACAACACAUACAUAGCCCAGGCCCUUCCUCAUUCUUUUCCUUUUGCUCACGUUUAAAUUAGAUGUAUUUACUUUGUUUAGGAUGCACUGAAUGUGAUGUAUAUGAUUAUAGUAUUAUGGAAUAGUAGGUAGCGAGGGAAGUGACUGAGGGUUGGACGGGGCAAAAGAUUGACUUCAAUCAAAAGAAUAA